AUGGACUCUGUAUUCUUCAGUGGCAUCAGUGUCAGCAUGGACGACUGCCCAAUAGGUGUCUUAGGGCUAGUAGCAUGCCUCGUGAUCUACAGAAUAUACUUCCAUCCGCUUUCACACUUUCCUGGGCCGAAACUCGCCGCCCUCUCCAAUUAUCCAUAUAGUCGCUCCUACCUGUCCGGCCGCCAGCCUUGGGACCUACUCGCGCUUCAUCAACGUUAUGGGCCCGCAGUCCGCGUCUCGCCCACCGAAGUCUCCUUUUCAUCUGCGCAAUCUUGGAUCGACAUCUACGCGCCACGCAAAGGGGCCGAGUUCAUCAAAUCUCCUUUCUACGAUGGCGGCAACUUUGCGGAUAAGGCGCAUAGUAUCGUUUCGGAGCGAGAUCCGGUCAAGCAUGCGAGGAUGAGGAAGUUCUUAGCGAGAGCGUUUAGCGAGCAGAGUCUACGAGAGCAGGAAGGAAUCAUUGACGGCGUUAUCCAGAAGUGGGUCACGAAGGUUGGAAAAGUUAGCGAAGCGGCGGGAGAGGUUGACUUGACGAGAUGGUUCAACUUGAUGACCUUCGACGUGAUUGGAUUAUUGGCGUUUGGGAAGGACUUUGGAGGUGUGGAAAGUGGCAAGACUCACUUCUGGAUAUCUGAUGUGCUGGGCAGCAUGUCCCAGGCCAGCCUCUCCGAUACUCUGGCCCGUUUUCCCUGGGCUGGCAAGAUCUAUAUGCUGCUGCGGCCAGACUGGCUGAAGAGACUUAUGACCGCCUCACAGCGUCAUCAAGCCUACACGAUGAAAGUGACCACGGAGAGAAUACACGAGAAAACCGAUCGCAAAGACUUCAUGUCCUAUCUUCUACACGACCGGGAAGAAGAGAACAUCUCCGAUAUCCAACUCGCAGCCCAUGCGUCUGACUUUGUGAUCGCCGGCUCCGAAACAACCGCCACGACCCUCGCCGUCUGUAUCCACCAUUUACUGCUCAACCCGUCCACCCUCCAGACUCUCACCACCGAGAUCCUCUCGACCUUCUCGGCCUAUUCCGAAAUCACAGCCUCCUCGAGCGCGCAGCUCAAGUAUCUCCACGCCGUAUGCCUCGAAGCAUUGCGUAUUUUUGCCCCCCUCCCGCUGGGACUACCGCGCGUCGUUCCCAGAGGAGGGGGUUUGGUGGAUGGUUGGCAUGUGCCGCAGGGCUAUACCGUGAGUACGAAUCCAUUUGCGGCGAGUAUGGGUGUCGAGAACUUUAGCAGCCCGAAGUCCUUUAUCCCGGAACGCUGGCUUGGGGAGAAUGUGGUCGACACACUUGAAGCCACCCGGCCAUUUAGCAUUGGGAGUAGAAGCUGCCUGGGACGCAGUCUGGGAUGGCUGGAGCUGCAUCUGACAUUGAGUCGGUUGCUAUUCCGGUACAGGAUUGAUGUGGUCAGACCUGUCGAUUGGGAGAGGGAGAGUCAGAUGCAUUUGUUAUGGAAGAAGCCUGAGUUAAUGGUCAGGCUGACGCCACGGGAGAUGAAGCAGGGCUAG